CCUUUCUCUCUUUCCUUCCUUUUUCGCUCAAAAAUAUAUUUAUUUAUUUUCUCUUUCUUUUCGCCCAAGUAACUUAGAUAAUUCAAAGUGUUGAAGUUUCUCAGAAACUAUAAAUGUUUUCUUUAUUAUUUAUAAUAAUUUAGUUGAUGAAUUUCACAAGCAAUCGACUGAAUUCCAUCUCCGUAUAAACGCCGUCGUCUCGCGAUCUCCGCUGCUUCGUUUGAUCGUUCCUCAGUUAUCUCUGUAUCCUUUGAUUCUUCAUCUGAGACGACGACGACGACAAAGAUAAAGACGACGGCGUUUGAUGUAUGAGGUGGUGAAUUAAAUUAGCUCCUAGUUACCUUUGUACAAAGGGAAAUUUGUUGACUUGACAUCAACAUUAUGGAGACAACGUGCUUCUGCCGAGAUGGCCAUUCAUUGCAGAAUUUGGUUUUGCAUUUCGUUCUCCAUGAUGCGGCUUCUCAGAAAUUCGUUAUGACAGACCUGUGCUAUACUAGUUUAGGAUUUAGUGUUGCUGUUAGAAAUUUGUAAAUAUUAGUUGCCUGUAGAUAAAUGGAGUCAAACUGGGUUGAAGUGUUAGAUAAUGGCCGUAGGACAGCUGACGUCGACUCGAAAAGUAAAGUAGCAUCUCAGUAUGUGGCACGUAUAGUUGGAGCUGGCACUGAGAAGCUGGAGGAGCUAUCAUUUCAACCAAAUUGUAGCUCAUUUUAUAGCAAGCUUGGUAAGAGGAAAAGGACUGUAGAAGGUGAAUCUAAUUGCAGAUCACAUCUCAGGAAAUCGAUACUUAAGAACUACUCAAAUUUCAUGAAAAGUGGACUGCCACAACGUGUUUUAUUCCAUCAGAAUGGUGAAUGGAAUGAUUUCCCUCAAGAUAUUGUUCAUAUAGUCAAAGAGGACUUUCGCUCAAAGAAGGCUGUGAUUGAGGUGAACUUUGGUGGCUUUCAUGUAAUACUUGAUAUUCUAUAUAUGGUUCAGGUAAAUCUUGUUACUGGAUUAGAGAAACCUAUAGCCUGGAUAGACGAAGCAGGUGGCUGUUUCUUCCCCGAUUUAUGUCUCAUUAGUCAUAAAACACAUGACAACUUUGAAAUCCAAUCACAGAGAACUGAAGAAUUCAGUGCUGAUGUGCCUGAUAGGCCAACUAAAAUCAAGUUGCAUCUUGAAAUAGAUUUUAAUGGACCGAAUAAUUGCAAUCUGGAUGAAUGUGUGGAAGAGUCAAAUAUUAGUUUUAAAAAGAUUAAAGUUGAUCCUUUUAAAGAUAAUCAAGAAUUUGCUGUUGAUCAAAAAUCAGAUCCUAAAAUGGAAAUAGUUGCAGAGAAUCAACAGGAUCAGGAAAGUCUGUCUCCUGUAUUAGAAGACACAAUUACGUUAGUGGAUGCAGAAUCUGUUAAAGCUAUGUUUGUUAAGGGAAUGAACACCAUUUGUACGGUGGAUAUAGUCAAAAUUAGUCAAUGCUUAAGUAAAUAUAUGAAAAAUCGCUUGGAACUGUUUGAGAAGCAGGUUGAGAUAACCCAAAGGUAUCGCGGGAACUCCAAUGUUCGGUAUGCUUGGCUUGCCGCUUCCAAAGAGGUAUUAUCUACAAUUAUGAACUAUGGCCUUGUGCAUGAGGCACGUGGGCAGAAGAUUAAUCUUGGAGUCGGAGUGCACCUCAUUGCCCAGGACUGUGCCUCUAAAAGUGCCGCUAGCUGUGAUAUUGACGAAAAUGGCAUUCGUUACAUGGUUCUUUGUCGUGUCAUUUUGGGCAAUGAAGAACUUUUGCAUUUUGGCUCUGAGCAAUCUUAUCCGAGCAAUGAGAAAUAUGAUAGUGGUGUUGAUGAUCUGGAGAGUCCUACUUAUUAUACUGUUUGGAACAUGAAUAUGAACACACACAUAUAUCCCGAAUAUGUUGUGAGCUUCAAGAUGUCUUCAGGAGCAGAAGCCAAUCUAUUUUCAGAAGUGGCUCUGAGUUUGCAUUAUUUCCCAGGGGCUCCAAUAAAGGAAGAAAGCAGGCUUGAUGUCUCUGGAGUUACUUCUCAGGGAUCUGAGGAGCAGUUGGACUUGAAUAAAUUGCCUACAGAAUUGGGGAAUUGUCAGCAAUAUCAAUUUGUAAGAAACACACAGCAAUCCCAUGGUGUUGGUGUGGGUACAAAUAAAUCCCCCAAAUCCCCCUGGAUGCCUUUCUCUAUGUUAUUUGGAGCUAUUUCAGCUAAAGUGUCUCCAAAAGAUAUGAAAUUGGUUCAUGCACACUAUGACUUGUUCAGGAGCAAGAAAAUUUCCCGGAACGAUUUCAUUAAAAGGCUGAGGGUGAUAGUGGGUGAUCAGUUAUUGAAGUCUACCAUAACCAAUCUCCAGUGUAAGCCGCCUUCCGCAUCUCCAUGCUUUAUGAAUGUGCCGAGCAUCUCCAUGCUUUAUGAAUGUGCCGAGCGGGGAGAGUAAUUGUUAGAGGCUAUACCAGAAAGGUGGUUUACUGCUUGGUGGCCAAGAGUCCACUUUUAACAAUCAAUUGUCGUCCCCUUCUCUCUAGCCUCUUUUCUUUGUUUUUGGUGGUAUGUUUCUUUGAACAUUUUGUGAUUAGAUGCAGUUUUGUCAAGACUUACUCUCCUUCUGUUCUUCUAUAUAUGCGACUUCCAUUUCUCUCCUAUCUGUGAUGGCAAUAAUUGGUGCACAACAGAAAUUACAGGAGCAUAAAUUGGUUUUAGGUUGGAUGAACGUGCGGACCAAUUCUGUUCCCCACCCCAUCCCCUCCCUAUCCGUGAAGAGAGUAAAAUUGUAGCCAACAUAGGAGGCACAUUGUAUUUUAACAAAAACAUAGGCAUUGUACUGUAAUCACUUUGAAGCUGAGGGGUGAAAUUUUUCCUUUGUGAUUUGUGAUGCAUAA